UUCAAAUCCGUUCAGUGCGUUUGAAAUAAGUAUAAGUAAUUCUAUCUACCGUAGGAAUAUUAUUUAUUUGUACAAACAGUGUUAUCAAUGCAUUUAUUCAGUUAGUUCAUAAAAUCAUUGUUGCUCAAUCGUCUAUCAAAAUGGUGCGCUGGUUAUUCGUAACUUUACAAAUCGUUGGUGUUAUGAAAGUGUCUUCGUCCGAAAGUCUUUACGAUGAAAAUUUAUAUGAAAGUGUAUUGGACAAUGUGACUUGCCAGCGGCAUUUAGAGGAAAUGGAGUAUUUCCAAUUUUUCGAUGCCAGCGGCAGGAUUCCCCAAAGCAUCACGCUCGGUGGCCAAGGUAGUCUUGGCAACUACCGUCAAUGUCUUUCAAUUGCCCAGCAAGUUCCAAAUGACACGAUCAUCGGGAAAUACUGCGUAAUCAGAGUACCCUUACAGCAGAGCAGCUUUAACCCUCCGGCUUUCGAUCCUGCGGCUAAUCUAACACUAAACGGAACCCUUUUUGAGCUUAUUAACAUGAGCGAGAACGGAACUGAAGUUCAAAAUGGAUUUCAGCUUAAAAGGGCUGUGGGGGUCAUGAUGGGACACGACAAUUUCAGAGAUAUGCCAGCCUCUCAAAACGGCAUGGCAGUAAGGGUGGCGGUCUGUUUACCACGAAGCUGUACAACAUAUCAGGCGCUUGGGCAGUAUACAGACAUGUUGAACGUGUCUUACAGUGACCUUUACUGCCGACUGCCUGGUGACAAGAUUUUCUCGAUAGCGGAUUACGUUGCAGUGAUUACAAUAGUGAUUUUGGGAACGCUAACUGCGUUUAGUACUAUUUAUGAUUUAUACAACGUGUUCUUACAUGAAAAAGCUCCUACUGAACCGAAUAAGCUUCUAACCAGCUUCUCAGUAUUCACCAACACGCGUCGCUUAUUCACUUUCUCUAAGACCCCUGGGUCCAUUGAUUGCUUGGAUGGCCUGCGGUCUCUUUCAAUCCUCUGGGUUGUCAUCGGACACUCAUUUUCAAAUAUGUUAUAUGGAACCACUAUCAACUUAUUGGACGUUUUUGUGUGGGCCACUAGUUCAAAGGCAACGUGGCUAGUAUCUGCAGUGCUAUCUGUGGAUACCUUUUUCAUGAUGAGCGGUCUCUUAGUUGUCUACACUACUGUAAAGAAAAUGACGCCAAUGUCACUACUGAAAAACAUCCACCUGUUCUACCUUCACCGCCUGCUGCGCAUGUUUCCGUUGCUGGCUGCAGUAGUGCUGUUCCAGGCGUCGCUGUUGCAGCACAGCGCGGACGGCCCCGGCUGGCCUGCACUGGCCACCAGCAUACAGAACUGCCGCCAUUGGUGGUGGUCUACUCUACUGCAUGUGCAGAACUACGUCAAUUUGACUGAGAUCUGCCUCGGCCACACUUGGUACCUCUCUGUGGAUACGCAGCUUCACCUGUUGUCGCCACUGGUGCUGUGCUGGAUAUUACGUGGCCGUCGCUCCGCCUGGAUUGGCCUGACCUCUGGUCUCGUGGCUUCUAUCAUCUGCACUACCACUUACACUUAUAUCAAGAACUAUCCAGGAGUGUCUUUGUUGGGCAUGGGGCUUGACUACAGUCUACUACUAGAUUACUUCAAACACUACUACGUCAACACAUUGACGAGAUCGCCGCCCUUCGUCGUGGGCAUGGUGUUUGGUUAUCUGCUUCACAUUUGGCGAGAAAGUCCCAGGAGGAUACCUAAGCGGUUAGUAGCAGCUGGUUGGGUGGCUGCACUCGCGUUUGGUUCUGGGAUGGUGUACUGCAACAACCCGACCGCCAAGUUUACCCAGUUCUGGGCAAAUUUCCUGAAUUCGUUCAUGAGGGGGCUCUGGGCGAUGGCAGUAGGGUGGGUCGUGUUUGCAUGUGCUGCAGGAUAUGGAGGUCCCAUAAACUGGUUCCUCUCCUUAACGAUGUGGAAGGUUUUGGCCCGCAUAUCCUAUGCGUUGUAUUUGAUCCACUAUCCUCUUCAGUUCAUUAUAAGAGGGCAAAGUGACUUGCCUUUCAUGUUCAGCCUAAGGAAUUUGUUUUACCUGUUUUACACGGACAUUUCACUGUCAUUGAUGGUUGCGACUGCGUUGUGCGUGCUAGUAGACGCUCCUUUCUCCACAUUACAGAAAAUUCUGCUACAAGGAAAAUCGAAACCACCUUCUAAUGGAGUAUCCUCAUCCACUGAAGUAUUAGUAAAUACCUAAGGAAUACUUACUGCUGUAAUUUUCUAAUAUACAUACUAGGUGAAUUUUUUAUGUGUAUUUGUAUAUCUACAAAUACCCAUGCCUAUAGUAGGUACCUUAUACAUUUAAAUAUCUAUUUUAUAGAGAUCACAAAUCUGCACAUUAUAGAGAAAAAGUAGUCUACUUAAAGGAAAUUAAUGGUUUUAUUACUUACUAGCUGUUUCCCGCGACUUCGUACGCGUGGAUUUGUAUGUUGGUGGUUAUAUAUUCUACAUGAGCAUAAUAUAGAAUAUUAUGCAGCAAAAUAUAUCAGUAGGGACGGUUAAUCAUUUGUAAAUAAUUAUACAACGCAUGAAAUUUGUCUUUCACAAACUACGAAGUUUCAAGACCCUAACUGAAAAAAAUUGUUCCCGAUAUAAUCCCUCUCGACCCUCUUAGAAGAUUUACAAGUCCACUAUUUAAAAAAAUAUUCAAUCCCGAAAGUAUUAAUACAAAUUUUUCAUAAACGGUGUAAGUAAUCAAUUUUCGUCUAUUCUAAUAUAAUGCCCUUUUUACCAAGUUUCAAGUUCCUAGCUUAAAAGAAAAUUUGUACCACAUAUAAACUUACAUCCCCUUUUUAACCCCUUUAGGGAUUGAAUUUUUAAGAACGU